AUGGCCCACGUCUCAGCGCGAAUAGGCACCACUGAGGUCGCUCCCAGCCGCGAGUUCGGUGGUGUCCCAGAGUCGGCAAUUUCAUCGAGGCUGCCGUCGCUCGCCUACCGUGCUCAAGAGUUCACGCCGCCAACCUCCCCGCAACAGCACAGAGGCUUUGGAUCCGGCCGGAACAAACAUCCAACGCAGCUACACAUGGACACGCCCAACUCGCCUAUCUACGACGGCCAGACGUACGAUUCGUCGGCACCGCUGCCACCCUUGGCUGGCCUGCCAUCGCCCAAGUACCCUCCGCCAAGGCAGCGUGCACCUUCACUUCUACGUCACGCAGUUCCUUCGCCUUCACCUUCCUACAUGAACGGCGGUUUUCCGCCCAUGGAACAGUCGAGCUCCCCAACAAUCGCUCCUGCGAUGAUGAGGCAAGGCAGCGGCCCCGGCUCCCCUGACCUACGAGCCAUCUAUAACCCUCUUGCCGCUAAUCCAGUCCAUCCAAAUGGACCAACCUCGUCGCCCAACGAGGAGCUCCCUCCCGCUUUCCCCCCACAGAGAAAUCGAGGAUUCACCAGCUCUUCACAGGCCGGAUUCCAACCGCAUCCGCCGCUCCGAUCCAAGACCUCUAUACCUGACUACGGCCAGCUCCGAGGAAACGUACGAUCGAAUCUGUCAGGCACGUAUAAACCAAACCGCGGCGUUCAGAAUCCGAACUGGUCGCACACGGACUAUUAUCCUCCGCCUUCCCGGCCGUUCCGUACGGAAGAGCCUCGACAAAGCUUCAGGUCAGGCUGGACAAAUGCAUCUUCUAGCGUGAUGGAAGCAAGCGAGACGGAAAGGAGCAGCAUAGCGACUGCACGAAGCUCUGUAGCAAGCGAGCAUCCGCCAAGCAUCUACUCCAGAGAUCGAUCGCGGGACCGGUUCAGAGACCGUGACGACUCACCUGAUACUCUACACAUCUACGACGUGCCAGAAGACGACUACAACAUGGACGCGGUCGAUGAUGUGAUCGAUGCGUAUUGUUACGACGAAGAAGAUGACAACAUCGCGUCAGAGUCCUUCAAUGAAGACUCUCGCCAUGGGUUCAGCUCUUCGCCUACGCCCUUGGACUCCGAACCUCCAGAGCUCUCGCAAACACCUUCGCGCGACCUUGACUCAUUAAGCUCUUUUCAUUCAUCCGAGCGCCUCAAGGACUGGAACGAACCCUUGGCUUUCGGUGAGCCUGCUACAAAGGCUCGUCCAGCUCUCGUACAGUACAAGGCUUAUGUGCCAAACAGCGCCAACGUAGAUCGGUCUCAGAUGACAAAUAUCCAGCGCGAAAUUACCAAGCUUCCUCAGCUGCCGCUGAACAAGUCCAGAAUGUCGCGUCAGGACUGGGCACAGAUCCAGGCAUAUUCCAAGAGACACAGCAAAAGACCGAGCGCCUCCAGGACUUUGUCGAGCGGAUCUGUUGGCUCUGAUGCGGCUGCCGCGCUGCAGUCCCCACCACUGAAGAAAUCCGAGCCUCUCCCAGAAGUUGAUGAAGAUGAGGCGAUUCCACGCCGAGCCUCGACGAGUGUAUAUGACCGACGCAGCGCACUUUUCAAUUUGGGCAUGAUUUCAUCAGGUGCAAUGGCGAGCCCAAAGCCUGCAACGCCCACUCUUCCACGCCCCCAACUUACAAGUGCCCCAUCUCAGGUGCGCAAGGCCGCAAGUCCGCUGGAAAGAGAUCGUUACGGCUUCAAAAAGGCAUCUGACAAAAUCACUGUGCAGCAGUACAACGCAUGGGCUUCCAAGUAUGAGGAGCACAUCUCCCGACGAAGAAACAAGUGGAUUGCUCUCAUGACAAAAAUGGGCCUCUCGACUACUGAUCCCACCCAGUUCCCUGAAAUGUGCGACAAAGUCAAGCGAUACGCACGGAAAGGAUAUCCUCCAGAGUGGCGCGGAGCGAUGUGGUGGUACUACUCUGGUGGCCAGCACAUGAUUAAACAGACAGAAAUGGUUGGCCUGUACGCAUCACUCGUUGCCCGGGUGAAGAAAGACGAGCUCAACAAAGAUGACAAAGAUGCGAUUGAGCGGGAUCUGGACAGGACGUUCCCCGACAAUAUCCACUUCCGCCCAGAGCUAGCAACAGAUCUGCUAGACGGAGAGUUUGAGGGUGAGCCACAACUCAUCAAAGACUUGCGAGAAGUCCUUUCAUGUUUCGCGCUCAACAACCCUAACAUUGGCUAUUGCCAAUCGCUCAACUUCAUUGCCGGCCUUCUCUUGCUCUUCCUGAAGCAAGACAAGGAAAAGGCAUUCGUCAUGCUCACCAUCAUCACACGCAACCAUCUUCCUGGUGCCCAUGCCCGCUCACUUGCCAACACCGAGGUGAACGUCCUCAUGAUGCUGAUCAAGGAUUACCUUCCGAAAGUCUGGAACUCUAUCAACGACACGGAUCUGAUCAACAGCGGUGCAGGAUCAAAUGCUCACCCAAACUCCAAGUUUCAACGUCAACCAACCGUCGCUCUGUCAUGUACGUCAUGGUUCAUGAGCAUAUUCGUCGGUGUGCUUCCGAUUGAGACCGUCCUUCGCGUUUGGGACACGUUCCUGUACGAAGGACCGCGCGCGUUGUACCGCUAUGCCCUUGCGCUGUUUAAGCUCAGCGAGCCGGACAUUAGGAAGUACCGCCCGAUUGACCCUGAAAUCUUCAUGAUCGUGCAGAAUUCGCCGCGGACGUGCCUGGAUCCGAAUGUCUUGCAUGAUCUGGCAUUCGUCAAGAAAGGUUUCGGCAACCUAUCGCAAUCAGUUAUCGACCAGAAACGUCUCUUCUGGCGCGAACAAAACAAGAUUGCACACCAAACCAGUGUGCGAAGCAGGGGCGGCAACCUGCUCUCACCACCACCCAAGGACGAUGAAACCGACGGCGACAGCACAAAGAGAAGUCGCAAUGGCUUAAGGCGCAAAGCUUCGCGAAAAUUUCGCCGAUUGAGGUCCUGA